CGUCAAGUAUUGGUAUAUUACCAGUAAAACGUUGACUAUAAUCAUACACGAGCAUCUGGUGAUUGAUUUCAGAGACGAAAGGCAAAGGCUUCCCUGCCCGAAAAAUUAAGCUACUUGGGCCCUACCUCAACCUCAACCUCAACCUCAAGGGCUAAUGUCCCUUUCUUCAAUCGUCACUGUACCAGAGCAGAUAGCUGCUAAUCAACAAAACAACGAACAAUCACCAACUCUUGAGCCUAAAGUAAUCAUUUGAUUAAAGUACACUUUACCCUUAACCAACUUAACUCCACUAAUCAAAUACCUCACCACCAAGCCCUUUCUCUCUCUAUCCGGAGGAACCUACCCUAAACAUGAAGCUCUCCGCGUUGCAUCAGAGCUACUUGAGUCGCCGGAGCAAUAGCUUCAGAGGAUCAGCUCCCUUGGAUUCCUCCUCCGACAGUGCGAUCAAGUCGCCGGCCGCCGUUUUCUGGCUCGUCCUUCAUGGUCUCUGUUGUUUAAUCAGCUUGGUUCUCGGUUACCGCUUUUCUCGCUUGGUCUUUUUCUUCAUCUUCUCAACUUCCGCAACUACAACCAAUUUCUACACGGCGCCGUUUCGAAACGCGGCUACUGACCUCGCGACGACUGUUCUGUCUUCGAAUCCGAUGGUUACGAAUAAUGUUGAAGUUCCGGUUGCGAACAAAACGACGCCGAGUACGAACUCGAGAGUGGUGGUGGGUCGGCAUGGGAUCCUGAUCCGGCCGUGGCCCCACCCUAACCCGACGGAAGUGAUGAAAGCGCAUAGAUUAAUCGAGAGAGUGCAGAAAGAGCAGAGAGCUCAUUUUGGAGUUAAAAAUCCGAGAACAGUGAUUGCGGUGACUCCUACUUAUGUAAGGACAUUCCAAACGCUUCAUUUGACUGGUGUGAUCCACUCGCUCAUGCUGGUGCCGUACGAUCUGGUGUGGAUCGUGGUAGAGGCAGGUGGAGUGACCAACGAAACGGCGUCUUUGAUUGCCAAGUCUCAAUUGAGGACCAUUCAUGUUGGAAUUAAGCAAAGAAUGCCCAAUUCGUGGGAGGAAAGACAUAAAUUGGAGGCCAAGAUGCGGCUCCGCGCUUUGAGAGUUGUGAGAGAAGAGAAGCUGGAUGGGAUUGUUAUGUUUGCGGAUGAUAGUAAUAUGCACAGUAUGGAGCUGUUCGAUGAAAUUCAAAAUGUGAAAUGGUUUGGUGCUGUUUCGGUUGGAAUUCUUGCCCAUUCGGAAGAUCCAGAUGACUCAUCAUUAACAGCGAAGGAGAAAGAGGAUGGUGCAGGGAGCUCACCAGUCCCUGUUCAAGGACCAGCUUGUAACGCAUCCAAUAAGUUGGUUGGUUGGCACACUUUUAAUUCCCUGCCAUAUGCUGGGAAAAGUGCAACUUACAUUGAUGAUAGGGCAACUGUGCUUCCCAGGAAGCUGGAAUGGGCUGGGUUUGUUUUGAGUUCCAGGUUGCUUUGGAAAGAAACCGAAGAUAAGCCAGAGUGGGUGAAUGAUCUGGAUUUACUGGAUAAGGUUGAGGAUAUAGAGAGUCCGCUAUCGCUGCUGAAGGACCAUUCUGUGGUGGAGCCGCUUGGAAGUUGUGGGCGCCAAGUUUUAAUUUGGUGGCUUCGUGUUGAAGCUCGUGCUGAUAGCAAGUUCCCUCCGAGAUGGAUAAUUGACCCACCAUUGGAGAUUACUGUCCCAUCAAAACACACACCAUGGCCGGAUGCCCCUCCUGAACUCCCAUCUACUGAAAAGGUAGUGAUGGGCGUCCAAGAGCAAGAGCAUACAGUGAAGCAUACUGCAAAGACUCGAACACCUAGAUCAAGACGCAGUUCUCGAAGUAAGAGAAAGCAUGAAGCAAAAGUGAUAGACCCACAGAUUUCUUCAAGGCAUUCUGAACAAAACUGAAAAAUUAGCCAAGGAUAUAAUUAGCAAUAUAAAUAUGCGGUGUGAAUUUAGAGUACUGCUAGCCUUUAGCACCAAGAAAUUUAAUUCCCGAGAGGGACGUGCGGCGGUUCAUACCAAUUGGGGGUGUACACAAGACUGGGCAAAUCUUGCAGUUGGCCAUUGGAUACGUGCUCUUGCAGUUUGAGAGUUACUCCUAAGCAUUACAUAUUUUUUUAUUUUAUUUUCUUUUUUAUUUUUUAUUUUUGGGGUGAUUACUGAUUGGUACUCUUUUUUUCGUGGAAGAGCAUGUCAACUAAGACCUGCCACAUUUGUAACCUUGCAGGAAAGCUUGUAUCUGACAUGCUUCAAAUUUUAUACAUAAUCUUCUUAUUAGAUUUUUGAGGAGAGAGGAUUUAGGGAAAAA